AAACUUCUCGUCAACGUCUCUUUCGGGUGCUGGAUGAGGACCAAGACCACAGAGUAGAUGGCGGACGCACUCUCCCGAUCGCUAUUACCGCCUCAAGGUGGUAACUCGAAAACCCGAGGCCCUCCAACAGGCAAAAGAAGUACUCAGAAAACCCCACUGCUGGUUUUCUUAUUCCUCGCGCUCUUGAUCGGCUGCAUCCUCCUAACCGUCAUCACGCUCAUUACUUCUGAUCAGGAUACUGUUCCUUCGUGGAGGAUUCGGCCCUCCAUUAUAUUGGCAUUUAUUUCAGGACUUUACAGUAUUAUCCUCGGAGGUCUUUUCGGUGUUGGUGUUGCUGUUACGUGGUGGAGAAGUAUCCAACAUGGGACCACACUCAAACGACUUCAUUAUAUCCAGGCCGCAGCAAGUCCAAAAGAUUUCUGGGGUGGUUUUGCGGCCGGCAGUAGCGCGCGCAAGGUUGCUUCGGCCGCAUUUAUUGUCUUUGUCGUCAAGUUAGCAGUUGGUCCCAUCAGUCAACGUGCGACAAGAACAAGGACCCAGUCAGUUGCGAGGAACAUCGAUAUGAACAUUCACAUCGCCAAACAAAUUUCAGAUGGCUAUUAUGGAACAUGGGGAGGGUUUAACAGAGUUGAUAUAGUGCAAGGAAUGUUCCUUAACCUCACAAUGCGGACCGAGCCCAGGAAAGACUACGAUUGCCCGUCCAAAGGAACUUGCGAAACGCGUAUACCCGCCGCAGGACUAAACUACGGUUGCACUUCUGUUUCCGAAACUUUAAAUCUGCUCGAUGAUAAAAGUGUAAAUUCAACUUUGUUUAGUAUCGAUAUGAAUAUGAGCGAGGAGUUCGGGCAACCGAUGUUGUUCCUGACCAUGAAGUAUCUCUCCUCUGUAGACGGAUCGUGCUUAGGAACUUUAACAACGGAUAGCUGCAGCAUAAUUCCGGCAACAAUUUGGUACCCAAUCACCAUACAAAACUCUACUCUUACCCUGAACCACAACGACCUACUCAGUGAGCGUGCCGUAGUAUCCAAUUACACAACGGAAGCCGACAAGCACACGAACAAUCUCACAGCUCCUACUGGGCCACUUCAAGGCCUUUACUUAGGUCUCGGGACAAUCCUCAAAGCUGAAGCGUUCCUCAACAAGUCCGACGGCAUGUCGGCCUACACUCCGAGUCUGAAACCACUCCGAUCGGCACAAUGGCCAGACCUGUUCUUCGACACCACCAUCAACGCAAAUGACUCCACAUCUCCGGCGUAUGUUCGUGAAAAUUGUCCCCUUAGAUGGUUUUCGCCAAGGGAUUCCAUUAUCCAGUCCUUCUUUGAGUUCUCGUUUCGAAGCGCGUAUGACUUAGGUGGUAACGCCGAUGAACACUACCAGAACUUCACGGCAAUCUUCAGGAGCUCAGAGCUCUGGUUCUCGACUGAUUAUGGCUGGCUUGCUGCCACGGUAGUCACCAUGGUCUUGGGGAAUGCAGCAGCCAUGUCACUACUUUGGGGGUGGUGGGAUCUCGACCGAUACGUUUCGCUUUCAUCUCUUGAAACUGGCAGGGCAUUUGGCGCCCCUAUUCUCCUCUCCGCAGGUCCGGAGAAAGAAUCAAAAGCCAUCAUUGAUGAGAUUGGUAACGAACGCGUCGCACACGAUGGUGACGAAUUGGUCUGGAAUGGCACGGUAUACGCGUCGGGCCGUUGGGAAGGCGGAACGGUACCAACUGUACGAGGGAGAAUGGGAGGGAGAACAAGUGGAGAUACAGAAGGGAGUUUCAGAAAUAGUCUUCGUGAGCUUGAAGGUGAGUCUCCUAAUCGACAUAGUUUCGGAAAUGUGAGGGGUCACUGGCGUGGAAUGAGCAGUGUCAGCCAUGGUGGAUCAGGCAGCAGCUCCGCCUCCUUUGAACAUAGUCUUGGUGUCAGCACGAGGAAGUGGUUUGGUGGACCGGAAGGUGGAGGGACGGUCAAGCAUACGAGACAAAGAUCUGGCAGUGGAAGUGGCCCUGGGACGCCGAUGCUACCUCUUAGUCUUACGCCUGCCAGUGGGAUAGGUGCAGAACCGAGUUCGAGGGGUUCGGCUGUGGGGAAUGAGAGCUCGCAGUUACCACCAAUAAAGUCGAGUGGGGGUUUGCAGAUACCGCCGCUGAAUGUUGGGGUUGGGACGAGGAGGGGGAGUGCAGGCGAGGGAAGCGGGACUGGGAGUGGAGCGAGUAGUGGGAAGAGACCGUUGAGUUUGAUUGUGGAGAGAAAUUCGCAGUCGCCUCAAGAUUAG